CGGAAGUGCACAGGAGUUGGUCGUAGUUCUAAAUAAAAAUGCUACCUUUGUAGUGUUCGGGUGACACCGGGACAUUAACGGUGAAUGUAUUCAUAUCUGAAAUGCCUACUAGUGCUCACACCCGCCUUCCCGGUCGCUUUAAUGUGGUGAGCGCGGAUGAAGUCGCCAAGUUGUGCUACGAGCGUUUCAGUCAGCUUCCCCGCAGAGGGAAGCCUGAGCCGGGCAGAGAGUGGACCCUGCUGGCCGCUGUGCUCCAGAUCACCCGCGGAGCUGACUCUCACUCAGUUGCCAUGGAGGUUGUUUCCCUGGGAACUGGGACCAAAUGUAUUGGACAGACCGCCAUGAGUCCCACAGGUGAUGUACUUAACGACAGCCAUGCAGAGGUCAUUGCCAGGAGGGGAUGUAUCAGGUACCUGAUCCAGGAGCUGCACGGGGCUGUGAGCGGUCGGGGCAGCUCUGUGUUUUGUGCAGCAGAUGAGCGAGGAAAGUGGAAGCUUCGGCCUGGAGUGUCCUUUCUCCUGUUUACCAGUCACACUCCCUGUGGCGACGCCUCCAUCAUCCCCAUGACUGACAGCCAGCCUCAGCCCUGCCCUCCUGUCACAUCGGUAAAGGGCCAUGAACAGACUGAUGGAGGAGGAGACCUGAAAAGGAAAGCAGAGGAAUCCGGCGAGGUGCAAAACUCUAAGCAGCCUCGUCUGGAGGAGACAGCAGAGAUGAAGGAGGAGGACAGAGGAGACACAGAACAGUGUGGAUCACUAAACUUUAACAAAACAUCGGAAACACCCUCACAAACCAGCAGCUCUGCAGACUUGGCUCAAACUGAUGGUGCUGGGCUGCAUCAUCAGGUCUCAGACAUUCACAGAACAGGGGCCAAGUGUGUACUGGGUGGCCCAGCUGACCCUCUGCAGCCUGGGGUGCGGUAUCACAGUCCGGGCGUGCUCCGGGUGAAGCCCGGCAGAGGAGAGCCAACUCUCUCCCUCUCCUGCAGCGACAAGAUGGCCCGCUGGGGGGUGCUGGGCUUCCAGGGUGCACUGCUGUCCCAUUACCUACAGGAGGCUCUGUACUUCAGCACCGUGGUGGUGGGGAAGUGUCCAUAUGACCAAGAAGUCAUGCAGAGAGCUUUGGUCACAAGGUGCGCCUGUGUAUCGGACCUCCCUGCCGGUUUCUCCGUACGUCCACCCGAGCUGCUCCAGGCCACGUUGGAGUUUCCUUUCAGCCAGGCUCAAACAGAGCUCCAGCACCAGGCCGGCCAGGGCCGCAUCUCCCCCUGCGGGGCAGCCAUCAGCUGGUGUAACAUAACAGAGCAGCCACUAGAUGUCACCGCUAACGGCUACAAACACGGAGUCACCAAGAAGGCCCUGGGAACAGCAAAAGCCAGGUCUCUUCUGUGCAAAUUGGAGCUUUUUCAUUCCUUCUUGUCUUUGGUGUCGGCCACCGAUCCCUCGGCUCUCCCCAACUCUCUCAGGAAAGCAGAGCUGCAAACCUACUGGGACUACAAGCAGGCCUCCCAGUCGUACCAGCAGGCCUGGCAGCAGUUGCGCAGUCAGGCAUUCCCUCUGUGGCCGCGCAGUGACAGAAACCUCCUCCUCUUCCACUGAAAACUCCCUCUUGACAGGCUCGAUGACAAAGCGGCAUUGUUGUAGGAGAAACUGAGAGGUCAAAGGUCGCCCAAGGUUUGAAUUUGUGAAACUCAGUUUUCAAACACGCUGCCGAGAACAAAGGAUCGCAGCACCCUUUUAAUAAAAGGACAAGCUUGGCUUCUUUAA